CCGCCUCUCCCAAGAUGGAGGCCGGCGAUUGGCUGCUUUCGGGGACGGCGCUGCUGCUGCUGUUGUUGGGGGCGCUGGGGGCCUGGUGGUUGUUCGGGCCCCCGAAGAGGCCUGGCGAUGUCGCGGGACGCGUGGCCGUGCUGGUGGUGGGCGACCUGGGCCGCAGCCCCCGCAUGCAGUACCACGCCUUGUCACUGGCUCGUCGGGGCCGUCACGUCGCUUUCAUCGGCUACGCGGGCACAAAACCGCACAGUGAGAUCAUAAACAAUGGAAAUAUUGAGAUUGUUCCCCUUACUGAGCUGAAAAUCUGGAAAGUUGGGCCCAGGGUUUCCCAGUAUAUCAUUAAAGUGAUUGUGCAGAGUUUCCAGUUGUUGUACACACUGCUCAGGAUUGCUCCACCGGACUACGUGCUCCUCCAGAAUCCGCCUGGUUUGCCCAGCAUUGCAGUCAGCUGGAUUUUUUGCCUGCUUCGAAACAGCAAGCUAAUAAUUGAUUGGCACAAUUAUGGGUAUACUCUAAUGGGCCUGACUCACGGGAAAAGACACCCCAUAGUCCGGAUUGCUAAAUGGUAUGAAGAAUUAUUUGGCUCCUUGUCCAGGUAUAAUAUUUGUGUGACCAAUGCAAUGAAAGAGGAUCUUCAAACGAACUGUAAUAUCAGAGCAAUAACCCUUUACGACAAGCCGGCCUCUUUCUUUAAGGAAACACCCCUGAGGGAACAGCACAAGUUGUUCAUCAGGCUCUCGAAAGACUACGCUCCUUUUAAAGCGGUGGAAUCCUUCACUCCAGAUCAUGUUGAAAAAUCUGCCUUUACCCAGUUAGAUGCCACCACUGGAAGAGCCUCACACCGUCUGGGCCGACCGGCUCUCCUUAUUAGCAGCACCAGUUGGACAGAGGAUGAAGAUUUUUCCAUCCUGUUAGAUGCUUUAAAAGAGUAUGAGCACUGUGUCAGCAAUGGAACAAAGCUUCCUUCUCUUGUGUGUGUGAUCACAGGCAAAGGACCUCUGAAGGACCAUUACACCAAGCUGAUAGCUUCUCUGCACUUUAACCAUAUCCAGAUUUGCACCCCGUGGCUGGAAGCGGAAGACUACGCCCUGUUGCUUGGCUCAGCCGAUUUAGGGGUUUGUCUUCAUAAAUCCUCCAGCGGUUUAGAUUUACCGAUGAAAGUGGUAGAUAUGUUCGGCUGUUGCUUGCCCGUGUGCGCAGUACGAUUUCAAUGUUUGCACGAACUGGUGAAACACGAAGUGAACGGCUUGAUGUUUAAGGACUGGAGUGAACUUGCGGAACAGCUGAAGAUGCUUUUCGGUGAAUUUCCUGCUGAGGAAAGCCAACUUGCUCUAUUCCGAAGAAAUCUUCGCCAGGCCAAACAGCAACGCUGGGAUGAAAGCUGGGAACAGACAGUAUUUCCUCUGUUUAGCAACAAAUCCGAUUAGCUUAUGAUAAAUUACAAGUUAGUUGAUAAAUUAUGUCUUUUUCCAAUUUUGUAUUGUCCUGCCAGUAUUUGAAAAUUCAAAAAUUGGCAUAAAUCAAAAUUUUAUGACAAA